UGGGGCACAAUAGCUAGACCUGUCAUUUUAAGAAUCGCCCAUUACUUCUUUAUAAUAUUGUUCUCAUGAAGGAAAGCUACAGGAGUUAACAGAGGACCAUUGUGCUGCGUGAAAUACAAACUUUGCUGUAAUAUCAGUAUGUCUGCUCCUGUAUCAGGUACUAAAACCCCAGUGGACUGUGGUGUUCAGAUUCGCUUUAUAAAUGACCUGCAUGACACCAGUGGGGGAGUGAGUGGGCAGUCUCGGAAAGGUGGUUCCAAAAAGACCUCUUCUCACUAUGGAGUGGCAGUGAGGGUGCAGGGCAUCGGGGGACAGCCAUACGUUUUCCUGAAGGAGGGAGAGAAGGGUGACUCAUAUGGAGUACAGCUGAGAACACAACCACCUGCUUAUAACAGCCUGCCGAGGAGGAGAGAGGAUGGGGUAAUCCAGGGGCCGUAUUUCUCGUCUGGAGACAACAGCCCCCUUCGUAGGGCUCAGUCUCAUGGCUCCCUUUUGGAGAGAGACAGCAGCAGCGAUGACUUCACAGACCAACUCGGACGUCCACUUGGAGAUGGACGCUCUGGUAGCUACGCCAACCUGGAUGGAGGUGUUAGAGUUGGAACGGAGCGACCGAGAGGAAGGAUGGAGAGAAGUCAGUUGGGUGGUUCUUACCAGGCAGGUCUGAAUGGAUCUCUUGGAAGAGGGAGAGGUGGAGGGAGUCUAUACACCUCAUCGGAAUCUGUCGAUAUAUCUCCACAAGGCGAGCACACGCACAGCCAAUCAUCUCCCAGCUCUAGACGUCACACUCCUGUCCACAGUCUCGUUGACAGAUUUGAUGGGAGCUCUGCUGUACAGGCGGUGAACAAAGGGGUCUCCACAAGGGGGCGCUACCCUGGCCUAAAUGCAGAAGAAAGACCUGCCUCAGUCUCACCUCUUUCUUCCUCACCUGCCUCUGCCUACAGCAGCCUGGGGCGGGACUCAGCUUCUGUUGCCAAGAAUACAGCUGUCACUUCAUUUGCACCCUCAUCAGUUGAGUCACAUGUAACCCCUGACCUUUUGAUGGACCAGGGCCAAAGUUCAGGGUCCGAGUUCUCAGCAGAGGAUCAAAUGCAGCAGAUAAUCUAUGAUGUUUUACGACAGGGGAGUACAGAGGGAGAUGCAGCCAUUAAGCGCAGAGUUCGAAUUAUUUGUGACAAGAUUCAAGGACUUAAGGGACCUCAGGUGAGAAGACCUGAUGACUCUUUGAAAGAGGAGCUUGAGAAAUCUCUGGAUGAAAAUGUACAGCUGCAGGAACAGCUGGGAAGGAAAAACACAAAGCUUAACCAAAUUCAUUCAGAGCUAACUCAGUUACGAAUGGAAAGAGAGAACGCUGAGUCUCAUGUGAGAGACCUGGAGUAUCAGCUGGCAGGACUACAGGAUGAGCUGAGGAGAGAUACAGACAACAGGGCUCAGGCCGACUCCAUGUACACGGAGUUGAUGGCUGUUAGAGCUGAGUUGGCUGAAGCUGCAGCACUCUGUCAAAAGCAGGAAGACACUCUGAGGCAGAGAGAGAGAGAACUGACUGCUCUUAAGGGAGCACUGAAAGAGGAGGUCUCCACACAUGACAAGGAGAUGGAGACUCUCAGAGAGCAGUACAGCCAAGACAUGGAGAGACUGCGAGCGAGCAUGGAGCAGGUUUCACAGUCUCAGGCAACUAUUGAAGCUGAGCGCCACCGUGUGAACUCCACGGUAAGAUCUCUUCAGCAGAAAUUGGAGGAGAGCAAUGAUGAGGGAAACCACUGGAGAGAGCAGUUCCAGUCCAGCAGAGAAGAGCUGCGCAACACCAAACAGGAUUUACUCCAGGCUCGCCUGGAGAAAGAGGAGAUUGAGGAGGAGCUAAAAGAGCUGCAGGAGAAUGUGAACACCAUGAAACAUCAGAUACCAGAUCCCAAACAGACAAAGACAAUCAGCCAGGAACUUGAGCGUUGUCGUGCUGACCUGCAGAAGGCUCAAAAAGAGCUUGAUAAAUUAAAAACAGAUCAUGACAAGAAGACAAUGGAAAUUGUCUUAUUAAAGAAGAGCAAACAGGAGCUUGAAGCAGAGCAGAAAUAUGAGAUUGACAGGUUGAAGGACCAAUCAUGCAGAGAUAAGGAAGAGCUGGCAAAAGUACACGAGAGGGCCAAACAGCUAGCUGAACCCUCAUUAGUGGAGGCCCUGCGUGGGGAGUUGAGUGACAUGAGAGAGGAGGUGGAGCGACUACAUAGUCAGCUGCAUUCAGCUGAAGAAGAGCUGGAGGGAGAGAGAGACAAACUCCGCUCUGUUCAAACACAAGCAAAUACUCUGACACAUGAGCGUAAGGAAUUCGAGGAAACCAACACACGUAUGAAGGAGAGAAUUACACGCCUGGAGUCUCAGCUGCAGGAGCGCUUGUCUCAGAGUAUUGAGACCGAGCAGGAGCAGCAAGAGGAGACCAGGAGACUGAGGCAGCAGCUGGAGGAGUCCAGGCGUGAGAGCUCCAGAUUGGUCCUAGAGAGGGAUGAGCUGACUCGUAAUCUGGAAGAGAGAGAGAGGGACAGAGAAUCUCUCCGCAAGGAGAACACACAGCUCAAUGACCAGAGGAGACAGCAAGAGAGAGCACUAGACAAACUCAAUAAAGAGAUGGAGCACUUGUCUUCAGCGUCCCGUGAGGAUGUGCGGCUCCUGCAGGCUCAGCUGGAUGAGCAGAAAGAGAAGUGGAGGAAAGAGCAGCAGGACUCUCAGAAGAACACCAAAGAGAAGCUCGGUGAACUGGAGAGAGCUCAGAGCACCAUCCACUCCCUACAAGAGGAGUUGGCUCGUCAAAAGAAGGAGCUGUUCUCAUGUUUUGAGGAACGAGACAAUGCUAUAUUAGAUAAAGAGCUCCUCACCAGCCGCCUCAAACAUCUGGAGGUUGAGAUGGAGGCACAGCGCACCACACACAAUGACCGCUCACGAGACAUCCGCAGCAUGGAGGACAAAAUCAAGCAUUUGGAGCUUGAGUUGGACGAGGAGAAGAGCAGUUCAGAGAUGCUCACAGAAAGAAUCAGCAGGAGCAGAGAUCAGAUGGAACAGCUGCGUGCAGAGCUCAUGCAAGAGAGAUCCUCCAAACAAGACCUAGAGCUGGACAAAAAUGCUCUGGAGAGACAGCUAAAGGAGUAUAAGUCCCGUGUAGCUGAGAUGGAAGGCCAGUCACGUUCCUCUACUGAUGUGUCUCAGCUGGAGAGCAAAAUACAAGAUUUUGAGGAGCGAUUGCGCACAGAGGAGAGAGAGAAGAACUCUAUGCUGUCAUCUCAGAGACGCUUAGAGAGGAAACUAAAGGAGCUGAACAUCACUCUGGAUGAUGAGAGACAGCAGCAUACAGAGAAGUGCGACCAGCUGACUUUGCGUGUGAAGGCUCUGAAGAGACAGGUGGAUGAGGGAGAGGCAGAGGCAGAGCGGCUGGAGGGAUUGAGGAGGAAGGCCAUCAGAGACAUGGAGGAGCAGCUAGAACAGAAAGAGGCGCUGCAGUCCAGAGUCACAGCACUAGAGAACGAACUAAAGAGAAAGAUCCAGCAGGCCAGACAGUCUGCUCUGGAGUCUUCAGUUCUCAGUUCUGAUGAUGAUGAUGAUGACGAUCGGCUGUAUGGUCAUUCCAACAUAACCUCCAUCCUUACUGAGAGCAACCUGCACACCAGUGCCUGCUGAAGAGAGAGAGAGGAAUCUGUGCAAUUGGCCAUGAAAGAGGGCUGCCUGUUGAUAUGUACACACAAGUAAAGGAUUGACACCUCAUUCUAGCACCAAAAGGAACUUCAGUUUUGCUUUACAAGGGGUAUUAGGUGCCGAAACUCCAGUCGACAGUUUUCCGGUUACCAGCUUUGAGCUUUAAUCACUACGCCACACCUCCCCAUAUAAAUUUGUAAUGCAAACCAAUUGAUAAAUCUGUUUGCAGUUUGGGAUUAAACACUUUUCUUUCCAAAAGAGAAAACUGGGCAACAGUUGAUCAAUAAUGUCAGUUUUGUCAGCUUUUCACGCACUUCGAGACACCUGACAUUUUCAGUCAGCCAGUAAUACCACUAUAUAGAUAUCAGAUAUGACUUCUUAUUCAUCAAGACCUACAUUUUUGCCAUAGAGACCCACUUUGUGAGAAAGCCUUUCUGAGUUCAUAAGAUUAAGUGUAAUGUUGUAAAUUAGAAUAAUCUGGUACCUUUUUAGAGGAGGUGUUACAUCAGGUUUAAAAAAGUUAAUUAAGAAUAUGAGAAUAGAAUCGAAUAUAACUGAUGUUUUAUCUUUUGUGUAGCGUUGAUAUAGAAGUUUAGAGGUUAUUAGCAAAGAGAAGCUCUGUGGAUAAAAGAAAUGUCAUAUUCAAAGGGGAUGGAAUGGUAAUCGAUAAUACUGGAUUCACAUUAGAGGUAUAGUUGUUUACAAUAGUUUGGGUAAAAAUGAAAGAUUUUUAUGAAAGGUGGGGGAAAAUAUAGACUUAUUAGAGCCCAGUGAAUUAGAACUGGUCAUGAGCACUGAUUUUGUUUUGAUUUUUGUUGUUGUUGUUGUUUGGUGAGAGGGAGAAAUGAGCGAACAGUGUAUUGGGGACGUGACCAUACAGUAAUUGUCCAAAACAAGCAUUUUUAAGAUAACUUGUGUUUCAGUCUUACAAUUCUUAGAGCAGUAGGGUAGAAAUGGAGAAAGGAAGGUUUUAAUAUGAAGAAAGGGAUUGUUUUUCAUUUUCUUUCUUUAUUUUUUAAAGCUUUUUGGAAGAAGGCAAUGAGUGAAUCAACACUACAUUCAAUAUAUGCACUACUGAUGCUAAAACAACAUAAUCAAAAGACACCUUUACAUUUAAGCUAAUAUAAAUCAAACUUCAUUUAACUAAAUGAUGAACUUAAAGUAUGAGAUUUAGAUUCAAAAUGGUUUACUUAAAGGAAAUCUUAUUUAGCAUAAAAAAAAUAGCAGAGGAAUUCUAAAUCAUCAACAUAUCAUAGAAGUUAUGUAUUUUUAAGAUCAAAGCACAUCCAUUUUCUUGUUCUCACCAGAUUCUUUGUUUGGUGUAAACUUAACGGCUAAUAGUAAGACAGAUCACGGUGUGUCCAGACAUCCUGGUGGAAUGUCAAUUAUAAAUUAAUUUUAUUGUUUGUUUACCAUGAAUACUCCAAUCCACUUUUGUUUACUCAAGGUUUCUACUGAGCAGAGUUUUCUGCUGUAUUUACUGUAUCAGGCACACAUUUAAGUGUGACAUUUUCUUGAUAUCAAGUUGCCUUUUCCUCAUCUAUAUUUUCAAUACUUUUAUCUAUGCACACAGUUUUGAUUCAUUGAAAUUGUACAACACCAUGACAUUGCCUUGUAAAUAUAAUAAUUGUUUGUUUAAUUGUCAUUCCAAAGUUAAUCUGAUUGAUUUAUGUAUUCAUGUAUAUUGUAUUUAUGUAUUUGUAAUAGAAUUUGCAUUAAGCCAUGAUCAAUUCAAAGCACUGUAUUUUUCUUUGAGCAAAAUUUUUUCUAUCAAAAAUAAAUUCACUACUUUAGAAGUUCCUCUCAUUUGCAUUUUUAUGGUGUGCUUAUUAUUCAUUUGUACAGUACAGUUGUUUUGGACAUUUUUGUUCCAGUGUACACAUACCAGUGUAUCCUGUUUACCUUCGUAAUUAAGUCAUCUUGUUGCACUCAGGAGGAGCAAGGCUAGCGCUUCCAUCAGGAUAUACUGGACUUUGAACACCGCUACCAAGGACGGUAUAAUGACAACAUGAUGGGGAUACAUUUGGGGGCUGAUUCAUGAAAGUGAUUUACAAUAUAAUUUAAAAUCUCAAAAAACUACUGUUAAAUCUUUUGUAGUCAUUUUUGUAUUUAGUAUGUUCAUUUGGAUUCAUGUGUUGUUUUAUCUGACUUUAUGUGAAUGA